AGCGGGCUCUGGCAGCUGAGAGGAGGAUAUUAAGUCAGUCUGGAACUGUGACGGCUAGGUGUUUCUUGUGCGCGUCCGAUAUAUCGGGAAAAGUGCCGUUUGAGUAUUCGGGCAACAGAUUUUGUACUAUCGAGUGUUUGAAGGCACACAGGAUAAAGAACCCAGUUGUUUUGUCAUGAUAUAUUUUAAAUAAAUUUUUUUUUAAUCGCUA